UGCCCGGUGGGUAGUUUUCGCUUACAGUGCACUGUCUAUCGGGUCGGCCAUAGUGGUUAAUGUGUGUUGGGCUGUGGGCAUGCGAAAUCUGGCGUCUGAUGAGAUGCGGAGUGAGGUUGAAACACGACCGUGCCCCUCCAGGACAGCUUCAUGAUCCGACGGUCCGUGCGUCUCGCGCGCACCAUCCAUGUCUUGAUGAUCGGUUUUGCCCAGGCCGUAAAGGUAGAGAGGUGGAUAGAGAGGUUGAGAAUAAAAGAUAUGCGUUUAAAAUCCCCAUCGGCAUGUUGGAAGGUCUUGCCCUCAGUUUGCAACUGUUUGUGUUUGCGAUGUUGCCAACUGCUCUUUCUGUUUACCUUACUUAAGCUCCAGCUUUCACUCCUCUAUGGUCAUGUAAUGUACCAGCACACCCACACCACAACAACACUUUGAGUCCGCAUGUCUGCUUCCGUGCUGCCAGGUAACAAAUCUAUAUGAAGUUAAAAAAAGUUACGGCUUGUGCAUCGGCAUGCAUAUUCUUGAGAG